AUGUUAUUUAAGAAACUAAAAAUUUACAAUACAAAAGAAAAACUUUUGGAAAGAUUGAAAGAAUUAAAGAAAGAGGAAGAGAUCAAAAGGAACACUCCGAUAAAAGAAAAAGUUAAAAGAACUUGUAUGUAAAAAUUUGAGUAAAUAAUUUAGUUUCAACAUCUUAAUCAUAAAGAACAACUUUAAAUAGUUUAAAUAGAUUGUCUACAUCCCCUAAAGUCUAGUGCAUAUUAGAAAUAGAAAAAAUAAAAAUGCCUCUCACAUUUGAAAGAUACCAAAAUAUAACAAGGAUGACAGAGAUACCAAUUCGUUAGCAGUUUCAAUAUUAUAUCAAAUUAGUAGAAUAUCAACCCCUCAGCCUCCUCAAAAGAGUAUUCUUGAAAGAUUGAAUGAAUAAGAGGAAGAAAAAAUGAUUAGAGAAUUAAUUGAUAAUUACAAACCAGAAUAAUUUGAUGAUAUGAUGGAGAAUGAUUAAUAGGAGAUAGAAAGAUAAAAUGAUGAAGCACAUACCAAUUCAAUGAAACAGUUUUCAUAUCAAGAUUAUAGUCCUCAAAGAAUGAAUUUAAUCAAAAAGCAUUAACAUCACCAUCAUAAAUCCAACCCUUCACAUCUCAAGAAUAAUCAAAGAUAUGAUGAAUAGAAACAACUAUACUUAUAAUAACUAGAAUAUAAAGGAGAUGUUAAUCAAGAAUUCAAUACUGAUAGAGGAAAAUAUAUGAGGAAAUUUCGAUUAGCUAAGUAAUCAAUAGACAUUAUUAUAUUAGUAAGAAUUUGAAUAGAAUUUCUUAAGAAGAUUACAGAAAGACAAUCAAACAAUUUAACAAAUUGGAGGAUUAUGCUCAAUUUUAUAAAUAAUCUCCAAAUUUGUACAUGUAAUUGAAUAAAAGCUCUCAUCAAUAGCAAAUAUUUUAGAGUGGUCUAGGACUAGUUCAAUAAUGCAAUCACAUCCAAGCUGCCAAUGCACAAGCAUAAAUAAGAUCUCCCUAAUAAGUUAAAGUAUUUUCUGAUGCUCUCAAGACUCACUAAUGUAAAACCUUAACACAUCUAAAGUUAAAUCAUAAUAAACUUAAUUCAUUAAAGUAUUCUCUAAUUACUAUAUUUUUUUUAGAAUUUAACAAUUAACUAAGUCAUUCCCAUAACAUUUACAAGAAUUGGAUCUAAUGAAUAAUGGAUUAGACUCAAAGUCUUGCUAGUUGUUAUCAAAAUAUAUUUAAAAAUCAUAAAUAAAAAAGGUUAAUUUAGAAAACAAUCGAAUAGGAGAUAUCGGAAGUAAUGCAUUAUGCUAAGCAGUCCAAGAUCAUGAUUACUUGCUAUAUUUAAAUUUAUCCAAAAAUAAUUUAACAGAACAUUGUUGUGUUGAACUUGCUAACUAUCUUAAGAAAACGCAAGUUCUAUUUGAAUUAUAUCUUCAUUUUAAUUCAAUAAAUAGUAUUGGAGCUGUUAAUAUUUGGAAAGCAUUGUAUAAAAAUUCAAGUGUGAAAGUUUUUGACAUAUCAUAUAAUAGGACAGCCUCAUUAGAAUGUUCUUAAUAAAUGGCUAAAGUAAUUAUUAAAUAGUAUCCAGAACUAAUGCAUAUAGACAUUUCAUAUAAUGGUUUUAAUGAAGAAUAAUCAAUUGAAAUUAAAAAAGCAUUAGAUUAAAAUUAAAAUAUUUAUGGAUUUCAUUAUUAAGGGAAUUGUCAAAAAUAUUCAGUUGAUUCAACAGGGCAUUUAAGAGAUAGAAUCCAAGAAGCAAUAGAUAUUCAAAAAAAGAUUGAAGAGUAUAAAAAGAACCCAUAAACUACUUUGAAGUUAGUAGAUGACAAUUUAAAUCCUGAAAUAUAAUUAUUAGAACAAAAAUAGCAUUAAUAAUAUUAAUAAAAAAGAAUAAAAGAUCUAUAAACUGAUGCAGAAUUGUAUAGAAAUUUUAGAUUUCGAAGAAUUUAAGGAAUGAAACCAAUAAAAUAAAAUUAUGACACUGAUAGUGAAUUGGAUGCAUGCUGGAUAUGUGAUGGCUGGUAAGAAGUUAAAUUUACUUGGACUCCUGGAAAAUCUGGUGGUAUGAACAAUGAUCCAAUAUUUUUACACUUAAAUUUUGAGAAUUACAAGCCAGUUUUAAUGACACUACAUAACGGAGAAUAUUCUGCUUAUAAAAUGUGUCCUCCUAAUUUCAGAGUUACCUAUUUUUAUAGUAAUCCUGUACUUGGAAUCUAAACUACAGCGAAAAAUUAGUUAAUAACAUAAACUCCUCAAGACGACCCUUUAUAUUCUAAUAAAUAAUAAUUUUUAUAUAACGGAGAUAUUUUCAUUGAAGGAAAUAAAAUGGGAUUCGUUAAUGAACUUUUUACUGAUGAUAAAUAAUCAAUUAUGGAUAGGUAUUUUGCGAAGAUCUUUAGUAAACCAAGAGAAGAAGAAAAAACAUUUGAUUUAACUUAAUUUCUGACUAAAACUGAAAAAUUUUGGAGUUAUGAGAUUUCCAUUUUCAAAAACUAUUAACCCGACAACGAGGAAUAAAUUGAUGAAUGUUUUGAAUAUGAUUAUGGAAGUUCAAAAAUUAAUAAAAUUAUCAAAGAUCCAAUAGAAUAUAAUGAAGUCAAGGAGAUAAUGAGAGAGUAUUAUCCUUGCAUUUUUGCAUCUUAUAAAUUUUUAGCAUCUACUCUCAUUGGGGCAACUAUUCCUUGUAUUUCAUCAAAUGCCUUUUCAGACUUUUUAUCUGCUACAGGAGUCAUUUCUGAAAAAUUUAGAUCUGGAGAUAUUGAUUUAAAUUUUAUUGCUACCUCAAAUGUUAAAGACAUAAAUUAUCCCAACGUUUAUGAAAAAGCUCUAGUGAGAUACUAGCUUAUGGAAGUACUGGUUAGAAUUGCUAUUGAUAAAUAUUUGCGAACAUAAAUUUGCAAAACAAUUAAAGAGAGUUUGAGAAAAAUGUUUGAAGAAGAUGGAAUCAAAUUAAAAUUAUAAGAAAUUGAUCGUAGCUAAGAUUGGAGGGAUAUGAGAUAUUGGAAUGAAUAAUGUGAUAUUUUAUUAAGUAAUUCAUUAUUAAAUAUUCUUUUAGAGGAUAGGUUACCUAUGUUAAAAUUGCUUUUCAAANUAUCCAGAACUAAUGCAUAUAGACAUUUCAUAUAAUGGUUUUAAUGAAGAAUAAUCAAUUGAAAUUAAAAAAGCAUUAGAUUAAAAUUAAAAUAUUUAUGGAUUUCAUUAUUAAGGGAAUUGUCAAAAAUAUUCAGUUGAUUCAACAGGGCAUUUAAGAGAUAGAAUCCAAGAAGCAAUAGAUAUUCAAAAAAAGAUUGAAGAGUAUAAAAAGAACCCAUAAACUACUUUGAAGUUAGUAGAUGACAAUUUAAAUCCUGAAAUAUAAUUAUUAGAACAAAAAUAGCAUUAAUAAUAUUAAUAAAAAAGAAUAAAAGAUCUAUAAACUGAUGCAGAAUUGUAUAGAAAUUUUAGAUUUCGAAGAAUUUAAGGAAUGAAACCAAUAAAAUAAAAUUAUGACACUGAUAGUGAAUUGGAUGCAUGCUGGAUAUGUGAUGGCUGGUAAGAAGUUAAAUUUACUUGGACUCCUGGAAAAUCUGGUGGUAUGAACAAUGAUCCAAUAUUUUUACACUUAAAUUUUGAGAAUUACAAGCCAGUUUUAAUGACACUACAUAACGGAGAAUAUUCUGCUUAUAAAAUGUGUCCUCCUAAUUUCAGAGUUACCUAUUUUUAUAGUAAUCCUGUACUUGGAAUCUAAACUACAGCGAAAAAUUAGUUAAUAACAUAAACUCCUCAAGACGACCCUUUAUAUUCUAAUAAAUAAUAAUUUUUAUAUAACGGAGAUAUUUUCAUUGAAGGAAAUAAAAUGGGAUUCGUUAAUGAACUUUUUACUGAUGAUAAAUAAUCAAUUAUGGAUAGGUAUUUUGCGAAGAUCUUUAGUAAACCAAGAGAAGAAGAAAAAACAUUUGAUUUAACUUAAUUUCUGACUAAAACUGAAAAAUUUUGGAGUUAUGAGAUUUCCAUUUUCAAAAACUAUUAACCCGACAACGAGGAAUAAAUUGAUGAAUGUUUUGAAUAUGAUUAUGGAAGUUCAAAAAUUAAUAAAAUUAUCAAAGAUCCAAUAGAAUAUAAUGAAGUCAAGGAGAUAAUGAGAGAGUAUUAUCCUUGCAUUUUUGCAUCUUAUAAAUUUUUAGCAUCUACUCUCAUUGGGGCAACUAUUCCUUGUAUUUCAUCAAAUGCCUUUUCAGACUUUUUAUCUGCUACAGGAGUCAUUUCUGAAAAAUUUAGAUCUGGAGAUAUUGAUUUAAAUUUUAUUGCUACCUCAAAUGUUAAAGACAUAAAUUAUCCCAACGUUUAUGAAAAAGCUCUAGUGAGAUACUAGCUUAUGGAAGUACUGGUUAGAAUUGCUAUUGAUAAAUAUUUGCGAACAUAAAUUUGCAAAACAAUUAAAGAGAGUUUGAGAAAAAUGUUUGAAGAAGAUGGAAUCAAAUUAAAAUUAUAAGAAAUUGAUCGUAGCUAAGAUUGGAGGGAUAUGAGAUAUUGGAAUGAAUAAUGUGAUAUUUUAUUAAGUAAUUCAUUAUUAAAUAUUCUUUUAGAGGAUAGGUUACCUAUGUUAAAAUUGCUUUUCAAAUAUACAUCAAAAUUAAAUUCCAAAUAAAAGUAUUACAAACACAUUUGGCUUUAAUUUAAAGAUUUCAGAGAUUUAUUAAAUAAAUGCGAUUUAUAUUGUGAUAUUUUUGUUGAAAGAGAUGCUUAUCUUGCAUAUUUGCUGGCUAUGCAGACAUCAGUUGAUGAACUAUACUUACUUAAACAUUUCUAGAUGGAAUUUUAUGAAUUCUUAGAGGCUCUUGCUAGAUGUGCUGAAAAACUCUCUCUAAUAAGAACAAAUGAUUAAAUUACAAUUGAUGAUAGAAGACAAUAACCUUUGUUUAAGAAAUUAGAUGCCUUAACCUUACUCAUUUACAUUAGAUUGGGUGAGAUUGUUAAGGCUUAAUUUCGUGAAUCUGAUGAUCUUUCUGAAUUUGAUAAGUGCAUGUAAAAGACCUAUGGUCAGGUAGUUAAACAACCUAACACAGAUUUAGAGGAGGAUAAUAAUGAAAAAAUAACACCUUAAUAAGAAGAAAAAAUAUUAGAAGAGCAACUCAAAACUAUUGUUGUUCAGCCUAUUCUUACUAUGGUAUUAUUUUAUUUUAUCAAGCCUUAACCAAACAAAAGAUCAACUGGAAUGACAUUCUUACAGGUUAUUAAAUAGGCAUAAUAACAGAAAUAAUUGAAAAACACGUUUAAUCUUACUAAUGUUGUAUAAUAUUUUAGGAAUAAAGAGGAAGAACAACUGUUAAAAUGA